AUGGAUCAUAGAUCCGCCACACAAUGCCUGCUUCUGCUCCAGAAGGUUAGCGGCUUGACAGAACUGAAGCAAAUCCACGCCCAUAUGGUCAAAACCGCCAUUGAUCAAAACCCCUAUCUGGUUAGCAAGCUCGUCGAGUUUGCUGCUCUUUCUUCUACCUCUCGAAGCUUUGGCUACGCAAGAGAGGUUUUCUACCGAAUCCAAGACCCUAACCUUUUCCUCUACAACACCAUGAUCAGAGGAUCAUUGAUUAACAAUCUAGCCGAGGAAGCCAUCCUCCUAUACUUUCGAAUGCGCGGGGAAAACCUCCUCCCUAACAACUUCUCCUAUCCCUUUGUUCUGCGUGCCUGUGAAGACCAGUUGGAGCUCAGACGUGGGAAGGAGGUCCACGGUUGUAUUAUAAGAACUGGGUUCGGAUCGGAUCCUUAUGUCCUUACAACCCUCUUGAACAUGUACUCUGUCUGUGAAGGCAGCAUGAGAGCCGCUACCAAAGUCUUCGACGAAAUGCCUGUGAAGGAUGUAGUGUCUUGGAACAGUGUGAUCGCAGGAUAUCUCAGACAUGGAGAUUUAGUGUCAGCUACGAAGUAUUUUGAUCAUGCCCCUGAGAAGAGCCUUGUGUCAUGGAAUUCAAUGGUUUCCGGUUAUGCAAAUUUGGGAAGGACUAAAGAUGCAAAGAGGCUGUUUAUGGAAAUGCCCAUGAAGGAUGCUGCUUCAUGGAAUUCAUUGAUCUCAGGUUACAUCAAGGUUGGUGACUUGGUCUCUGCUGAGAGAAUCUUUGAGCAGAUUCCAGAGAAAGAUGUUGUUUCUUGGACAGCCAUGAUUGAUGGUUACCUGAAGUAUGGCCACUGUGAUCGUUCCUUGACACUGUUCCGCCAAAUGCAGCUAGUGAAAAUUAAGCCCACUGAGAUAACCCUUCUCAGCGUCCUCACUGCUUGUGCUAAUUUGGGUGUACUAGAAACGGGAAGCUGGAUUCAUGGUUAUAUAAAUAAAAAUGGAGUUGAGAUUGAUAACAAUCUUGGUACUGCACUGAUAGACAUGUAUGCAAAGUGCGGCGACAUGGAGAAGGCUUUGGAUGUCUUUAUUAACAUGGGAAGAAAGAAAGAUGUGAUAACUUGGACAGCAAUGAUAGUUGGACUAGCCAUGAAUGGUCGCUGUACAGAGGCCCUAGAGUUCUUCUCAAACAUGGUAUCUGAGGGAGUGAGCCCAGAUGAAGUCACAUUUCUUGGAGUUCUAUGUGCUUGUUCUCACACAGGUCUUGUCAAGGAAGGGACUCGCUAUUUUGAAUCCAUGAGUAAGGAUUACUCCCUUGUGCCUAGGAUUGAGCACUACGGUUGUAUGGUUGACCUCCUUGGACGAGCUGGGUUACUGGAGAAGGCAGAGGAAUUUGUUAAAACCAUGCCUGUUGAACCUGAUUCGGUCAUUUGGGGAUCACUCUUCAGUGCCUGUCAAGUUCAUAAAAAGGUAGACGUAGGUGAGAGAGCGAUGGAAUAUUUAUUAAAGAUGGAUCCUGAGAACAAAGGGAAUUAUGUUACUCUUUCAAACAUCUAUGCUUGCACUGGUAGGUGGGAUGAUGUUGCUGAGGUGAGGAAGAAAUUGAAGGAAAAGGGGAUCAAAAGAACACCAGGUUGCAGCUCUAUUGAAGUUAAUCACCAAGUUCAUGAGUUUGUUUCAGGUGACACAUCACAGUCAAGAUCAACAGAAAUCUAUGAAAUGCUGGAUUUGUUGGCUCAAAGAAUGAAGGAAUAG